AGAGGUGUGACUGAGUGUGGAAACACACAGGCAGAGAGACUCGCAGCCAGUCGGCCUUCAAUGUCAUUUUAUCUUUAUUAGAAGAACGAAAUUCAACUUGUUUAGUGCACUCAUAGGGAAGGUUAUGAAUCAUAUAUGUGUGUUUUUUGCAGCAUUUUGACUGACUGAGUAGAUUUUAUUGCUUCUUUUUCUGACAGGAGAAGUCAUCGCAGCGCACGGACUACAAUGCAAAGCAAUUGGGAGGUUUGCCUCACCUUAAUGACACUCUGCGCCCUGACCGAGAAGGUCUUUGGGGGCUACGGUCUGAGCAUGUUUGCCGCCCAGUCCUCCCCUCCGGACCCGUGCUACGACGAGAACGGCAACCCUCGAAGGUGCAUCCCCGACUUUGUCAACUCAGCCUUCGGUAAGGACGUGCGCGUGUCCAGCACGUGCGGCACCCCCGCGGCCAGGUACUGCGUGGUGACCGAGAAGGGAGACGACAGGACGCGGGACUGUCACACCUGCGACUCGGGGGAUCCCAAGAAGUGUCACCCGUCCGCUUAUUUGACUGACCUGAACAACCCGCACAACCUCACCUGCUGGCAAUCGGAGAACUACGCGCAAUAUCCGCAAAACGUCACGCUCACUUUGUCUCUGGGCAAGAAGUUCGAAGUCACCUACGUGAGCCUGCAGUUUUGCUCACCUCGCCCAGAAUCCAUGGCCAUAUACAAGUCCAUGGACUACGGCAAGUCUUGGGUGCCCUUCCAGUACUACUCGACCCAGUGCAAGAAGAUGUACAACCGGCAGAACAAGGCUGUGAUCACCAAGCAGAACGAGCAGGAGGCCAUCUGCACGGACUCCCACACGGACAUGCACCCGCUGACCGGGGGUCUCAUCGCCUUCAGCACUCUGGACGGGAGACCCUCGGCGCACGAUUUUGACAACUCGCCGGUCCUCCAGGACUGGGUGACGGCCACCGAUAUUAAGGUGAUCUUCAGCCGGCUGCACACCUUCGGGGACGAGAACGAGGACGACUCGGAGUUGGCACGAGACUCGUACUACUACGCCGUGUCGGACCUGCAGGUGGGCGGACGGUGCAAGUGUAACGGUCACGCGUCCAAGUGCGUCAAGGACAGAGAGGGUCAUCUCGUGUGCGAGUGUAAGCACAACACGGCGGGACCCGAGUGCGACAGGUGCAAACCAUUCCACUAUGACCGACCGUGGCAGCGCGCCACCGCGAGGGAAGCCAACGAAUGUGUCGCCUGCCACUGCAAUCUUCACGCUCGUCGCUGCCGCUUCAACAUGGAGUUGUACAAGCUGUCGGGCCGCAGGAGCGGCGGAGUGUGCCUCAACUGUCGUCACAACACGGCGGGACGUCAUUGCCACUACUGCAAGGAAGGUUUCUACAGGGACAUGACCAAAUCCAUUUCACAUCGGAGAGCUUGCAAAGCGUGCGACUGCCAUCCAGUCGGAGCAGCAGGGAAGACGUGUAACCAAACGACAGGCCAAUGCCCUUGCAAGGACGGAGUUGCUGGGAUCACCUGUAACCGCUGUGCAAAGGGCUACCAGCAGAGUCGCUCUCCUAUCGCCCCCUGCAUCAAGAUUCCAGUUGCAUCCCCUACAGCGACAUACAGCAGCUACGAUGAGACUUCAGAUUGUGAAUCCCACUGUAAAACUUCCAAAGGGAAGAUGAAAAUCACCAUGAAGAAGUACUGUAAAAAAGACUAUGCUGUCCAGGUGCACGUCCUCAAAGGAGACAAGGCAGGCGAGUGGUGGAAAUUCACCGUCAACAUCAUAUCUGUCUACAAACAAGGCGAGCAGCGCAUCCGCCGCGGGGACCAACUGCUGUGGGUGCGUUCCAAGGACGUAGCCUGCAAAUGCCCCAAGAUCAAACCCGGCAGGAAGUACCUGCUCAUGGGCUCGGACGAUGACGACUCCCCCGGGCAGAGCGGUGUGGUGGCGGACAAGGGAAGCCUGCUCAUCCCUUGGAAAGACUUGUGGGGACGCCGCCUCCGGAAGUUCCAGCAGCGCGACAAGAGGGGAAAGUGCUAAAGGUUGGAAGAGAGAGCGAGAAAAGGGAGAAAGGGAAAUCUCCAAUGGAAUGCAAGGAAAUGGAGAUUACAAAAAAACUGGAAGAAUCAUUCCUAGAAAGAUCAAGGUGAAAAGUAAAAGUGAUGACUGAGUGCUGCUGCUCUGAUUUUGGACAAAAGAUUUUUUUUUUUAAAUUUAAAAAAACAUUUUAUUUUUCUUGAAGGAGGUCAUUCUGUUUCUGUUUGCAGAGUUUGCACCUAAUGCUAGGGAUGAGUUACAUGUCAAAAAACCCUUUUCAUCAGUAACCAACUUUGGGGAAAUGUCCUGACUUGAACACGAUUUGACCAUAAAUGUUUAAAAAAAAAAAGCUGCCAUAUUUUUCUCCGGUGAAAUUGUGAAAGUGUUCAUGGCUGUGGUCUUAUUAUGAGCAGCUCCUACAAAUACCAGUUCAUAAUACCAGUAUGUUGUCGUGGUGACCUCUGCAAUGUAAAGUUACUUUAUGUGCAUACAUAAACACUAGAUAGAUGAUGUCCUAGCAUCAACUUGAUGUAGAAUAGACACACCAAGCCUGCACUUACUUUGACUAGGUGACUAUUUUAGAACAUAUGAGAUAUGUUCACAACUGUAAAGUGACAUUCAAAAGGACAAAAGUAUACUCGAGUGCCAUUUGAUGCAAAAGUAUCUGUAUAGUUACAACUGACUGAUAUAUGUGAUAUUAACUAUUGAAAAGUGCCACUUGUACAGAAACCAUGGUGAAUUGUUAACUUUUUCAGGCUCAAACACAAAAUAAUGGAGAAAAAAAUAAAAUCCUGUAAACUUGGAGCAGUUAGUGGUCCCUCACAACAAACUAAAAACCAUUUAGAUGAUAUAUCAGUUUUUUUCAAGGGAUAAAAAUAUCACAGUGCUCCAAUAUGAUACACACGGCCACAUAGGGGUAUGUUUUGUACACAUUUUAUUUUUUAGAAUGAAGAAGGCAAACAUUUACAUUUAAUAUUGUAACUAACUUUGCUUAUUUUGUUCUUUUUUAAUUGUAAGAUUGUGACAUUUUUUAAUUAAUAACCCCCACAAUUGCUAUAAUUGUAAAUAUUCAAGAAGAAUUUGUGGUAUUUGUUCUCAUUGGUUCUAUGAUUGCGCACCGCCACACUCUUUACACGGUAAAUUUAAGCUGUAUCAUUUUUCCAUGGAAGUCAAAACCACACUGAACUGCUGACAACUGGAUGUUUAACAAGAAAUCUUGGUUAAUGUCCAGCUUUUUUUUUUUUUUUUAAACUCAUUGCCUGGAUCUGACAACGAUAGCCGUACAAUUCAGUUAAACUGGGAGGACUUGUCAAUUCUCUUCAUUCAGUGGCAGUGCU